AGUGUUGUGUCUCUCGCCAAAACACGUCAGUCGUUCGAAAAACUUCAGCGAAUCGUCGGCUCAUAAAACCAAAUCAUCACAAGAAACUGUGAUUUUUGUCUGCAGAAUUGUUUCUACUAUCCGAUUAAUAACAGGUUCCCGUCAGAAUAUGAGCUUUGUGUGCUAGAAAGAAAACAAAACCUAAUCGGAUAACUGUGCGGGCGUAUCGUGUGAUUGAGAAGAUAUCUUCCCGACGGACGGACGGAUGCUGACAAACAUCUACGAAAUGUCGCUCCUGGGCGAUAGCACUUUUGCGGUGACCUCGUUACUUCUGGUUCUAUUAUUAGAAGUGCUGUUUCAACCUGCCGAAUCUGUAGUGGCAUCACAAGCAGAAAUCGAUAGACAUCUGGAAAUGGGACGAGACUUUUUGGCCAGAGGGCAACUAUCGGAUGCCCUUACACAUUAUCAUGCCGCAGUAGAGGGUGACCCGAACAACUAUCUAACGUACUUCAAACGUGGUACAGUUUACUUCGCUCUUGGCAAAGCAAAAUUCGCCAUCAACGAUUUCUCCCGGGUGCUGGAGCUGAAGCCUGACCUGGUGGCUGCCCGUGCUCAGCGAGGCCUGGUUUAUCUCAAAAUGGGUGAUUUCGAUAAUGCCGAAAUCGAUAUGAUGAACGUUCUGCGGAUGGAUCCACAUAAUCACGAGGUUAACUACAAAUACGCUCAGAUUGACAAUGCUCGGAAUCAAUGGGCUUUUUGCUUGGAUGUGCUGGCUCGAGGGGAUUAUGCUACGGCCAUUACGCUACUAACGCAGAUGCUGGAAAUCUGUCCUUGGUCGGUGGAAAUUCGGGAAUCUCGAGCUCAGUCCUACAUACGAGUUGGCGAUCGAUUGAGUGCCGUGAGUGACUUCCGUGCCGUAAAUCGGCUUUCCCAAGAUAGUACCGAUGGUUAUUACACUCUUGCGAAAAUUCUUUACGACCUGGGUGAUUCAGGAUCGGCUCUCAAAGAGAUCCGAGAAUGCCUAAAGCUUGAUCCAGAACAUAAAGACUGCUUCCCACUGUAUAAAAAGAUCAAGAAAGUAGAUAAGAUAUACACUGAUGCUCAGAAAGCAUUGGAAGAACAACAGUAUGCAAAUUGCAUUGAACAAGCUGAAAAAAUCGUUAAACUAGAACCUAACAUUCCAAUGAUUGUCUACAAUGGCAAGCAACUGCUAUGUUCAUGUCUGGUCAAAGACGAACAGUUUACGGCAGCCAUUGGUAAAUGUCGAGAGGCGUUGGAAAUCUACCAGGAUCCAGAGAUCAUGUGCGAUCGUGCGGAAGCCCUUAUCGGCGCAGAAAUGUACGACGACGCCAUUAAUCAGUACCGAGAAGCCUUGGAAAUUAAUGAUGGAUAUCAACGAGCGAAAGAGGGUAUUGAACGAGCCCAGAAGCUUCAAAAACAAUCUGAACGAAGAGAUUACUACAAGAUUCUGGACGUGAAGAGAAGUGCCACCAAGCAACAAAUUGUCAAAGCUUAUAGGAGAGCCGCUCAGAAGUGGCAUCCUGAUAACUUCCAAGGCGACGAGAAGAAGAUUGCGGAGAAAAAGUUCAUAGACAUUGCUGCCGCAAAGGAAGUUCUGACCGAUCCGGAGAAGAGGUCACAGUUCGACGCUGGCGAAGAUCCUCUAGAUCCGGAAGGGAAUCGCAAUGGCGGCUUCGGAGGAGGCAAUCCGUUCCAUCACUUCCAGCAUGGGUCACCGUUCCAGUUCAAGUUCCAUUUCUCGUAGAGAACAUCACACAGUAGCGUUACAGCGAUGCCUCAGUAGAUGGGUGAGUUCUCUAGUUUUUCUUCUGCCUACUUUUCCUUACCUAUACAUCCAUUGAUGUUUUACAGUGCCAGCUUUAUUUUUUUUUUUUCGUUACCCACAUUUAAAAACGGAAUUUUAUUACUUUUCCAUUCUCAUGAAAGUAACUGAGCACAGUCGAAUUUACAUCAUGCAAUUAAUUUUAUUUACAUUUAUCAAAAACAUCAAGAAUCCAAUCUACAAAACCAGCAUAGAAGCUAGUGAUUUACAAGAAAUCGUGAAAAGAUACCGAGGAAACGAGUUUUAUUUCUGAAAUCUGAAAUCGUACAAUCCUCAAAAUUGCCAGUUUCCUUAUUUUUUCAUUUUUUCUACGAACUGAUUAAGAAAGUAAAAAAAUCUAUUGUAAAUAAAUGCUUAAUUACAAACUAA